CGAAACAUCAUCAUUUCUUCAUCGUCAACCUUCAGCCGUUUAUUUCUCACCCACACGUUUUCAGUUUUCACACCUAAAACACACACACUCACACAGUAUCCAAAUUAGGGUUACACCGUCACCGGAAUCGUAACCGAUUAUUGUUUAGACCGUUAAUUUCUCUCACACGCUUUUACACGCUUUCUCACACCUACAAACACACACACAGUACCUAAAAUUAGGGCAAAACUGUCACCGGAGUCUCAACCGUUACCGGAAUCGUAACAGAUUAUUGUUACGAUUGUUAAUUUCUUACACACGCGUUUCACACCUAAACACACACAGACAGUAGCUAAAUUUAGGGCAAAUUGUUCAACGGAAUCUCAACUGUCACCGGAGUCGUGACCGAUUAUUAAUACGAUGAUCAAUUUCAGGCCGGCGGAGACUCGCACGUCACCGGCGACGAGCUCCGCCGUGACGGCGGAGAAAGCGUUUUCGUUCAUAUCGAAAGGAUGGAGAGAAGUGAAGGACUCAACGGAAGCAGAUCUACAGUUGAUGAAAGACAGAGCGAAAUCGUUCAAAAACCUAGCGUCAUCGUUCGACCGAGAGUUUGAGAAUUUUCUGACGUCAGCGUCCAGAUCGAGUUUUCCGGUGACUGCUGUAACGAACUCGUCGUCGCUUACUCCGGCGGAGAUUGAUUUUAUGAAGAAGUUGCAGCCGAAGCUGACGGAGUUCCGGCGAGCGUAUUCUUCGCCGGAUUUUAGUAAGAGAGUGUUGGAGAAGUGGAGCCCUAGGGCGAAGAUUAGGAUUGAUUUGUCGGCGAUUAAGAAUGCGAUUGUGGAGGAGGUGGAUGGUGGUGGGAGGUAUGGGAGUGGGAGGAUGAGUGUGAGAGAUUUUAGUUGGGAGUGGAAAGGAGAAGGGGAUGAAAGACAGGUUGGUCGAAACUGGGAGCCGAUUAGGGCGUUGAAGACGCGGUUGAGGGAGCUCGAGCAGAAGAGUUCGUCUUCGGAGAUUAUUGAGGGGAUUAGGCACAGUGAGCUGGUGGAGAAAGUUAAGUCCAGUCUGAAAGCAAUUUGUAAGGAACCAGAGUACUCAAAGGAAGUUCCACCUUUGGAUUUUCAAGAACUUCUGGCAUGUCUGGUUAGGCAGUCUGGGCCAUUCUUAGAUCAACUUGGUGUCAAAAGAGAUUUAUCUGACAAGAUAGUGGAAAGCUUGUGCAGCAAAAAGAAAAAUCAACUUUUGUUACGCUCUUUUCCCAAUGGAGAAUCAUCCAUUCUUGAAGGUGAAAACAUAAACGAUGAGCUGGAUAUAAGACUAGCAAGCGUGCUUCAAAGUACAGGUCAUCAUUACGAAGGUGGAUUAUGGGAUGAUUUUACUAAACGAGACUCUGACGGAAGAAGACAUGUAGCCAUUGUCACAACCGCUAGUCUUCCUUGGAUGACGGGGACAGCUGUAAAUCCACUAUUUCGAGCCGCGUAUUUGGCAAAGUCUCAAAAACAGAGUGUCACAUUGUUGGUUCCUUGGCUUACCAGAACAGAUCAAGAAUUGGUUUAUCCUAAUAACAUUACAUUCAGCUCACCAGAAGAACAAGAAGAUUAUAUACGUAACUGGCUCAAGGAACGAGUCGGUUUCAAUGCCGAUUUUAAAAUAUCAUUUUAUCCUGGAAAGUUUCAAAAGGAAAGGCGUAGUAUAAUACCUGCUGGAGAUACUUCACAGUUUAUUUCAUCAAAAGAUGCGGAUAUUGCUAUCCUUGAAGAACCAGAACAUUUAAACUGGUAUCAUCAUGGUAAACGGUGGACUGAUAAAUUCAAUCAUGUUGUUGGUGUUGUUCACACAAAUUACUUGGAGUAUAUCAAGCGGGAGAAAAAUGGAGCUCUGCAAGCUUUCUUUGUCAAACACAUCAACAAUUGGGUCACACGAGCUUAUUGUGACAAGGUUCUCCGUCUUUCUGCUGCAACCCAAGAUUUACCGAAAUCGGUGAUAUGCAAUGUUCAUGGUGUGAACCCUAAGUUUUUGGAAAUCGGGGAAAGAAUGGCUGCUGCAGAUAAGGAAGAGGGUGGGGAGCAAAAGUUCUCAAAAGGAGCGUAUUUCUUGGGUAAGAUGGUGUGGGCCAAGGGAUACCGAGAACUGAUAGAUUUGUUGGCCAAACAAAAGCAGGAUCUUAAUGGAUUUAAACUCGAUGUUUAUGGCAAUGGAGAAGAUGCUCAUGAAGUACAAACUGCGGCAAAAAGUUUGGAUUUAAAUGUCAAUUUUAUGAAGGGCAGAGACCAUGCUGAUGAUUCGCUUCACGGUUACAAAGUGUUCGUAAACCCCAGUGUGAGUGACGUGCUCUGCACAGCCACAGCUGAAGCGCUAGCAAUGGGGAAAUUCGUAGUGUGUGCGGACCAUCCAUCCAACGACUUCUUCAGAUCAUUUCCCAAUUGCUUGACUUACAAGACACCUGAAGAAUUUGUAAACAAAAUAAACGAAGCCAUGUCACGUGACCCGCAACCUCUUACACCAGAAGAAAGAUACAAUCUUUCAUGGGAAGCAGCUACCCAAAGGUUCAUGCAGUAUUCUGAACUUGACAAGAUACUAACCGCCUCUACUUCAGAAUCAAAUGAAGUCAAUGGGAUUGUUCGAAGGUCAAAAUCAGUCCCGAAUUUAACUUCAGUGGUCGAUGGAGGGUUGGCUUUUGCACACUAUUGUUUGACGGGUAAUGAGUUUUUGAGGCAAUGCACGGGUGCAGUCCCAGGGACACGAGAUUACAAUAAACAGCAUUGUAAAGAUCUUCGUCUGUUACCUCCACACGUAGAAAACCCGAUUUAUGGCUGGUAAGAUAGGCUUGAAAAUUUAAACAUAAUAAUAUAUAGUUUGGAUGUAGAAAUGAUGUUUGUAGUUUUAGGCUUACAAUCCUUUCUUGGUGGUAUGCAUUUGUAAUUAUUGCUCUCAGUUGAAUGAAUGAGUGAACCUUUAAACAA